AAGGAACUGGGUGUUGCCGCCUCUGAGACACACUCACGCAUCGCAGAGUAUCAGCAGCAGCGUAUCAGAGCGCAGAGCAUCCUUCCAUCCGUCUUUUCGGGAAGACAAGGCUGCCUUUUCAAUUAUUAAAUCCUCAACAAAACCCUUGUCAUUAUCAAAGGCGAUCAAAGCUGAGAUUUUGUGAGAGAUUCACGGCCCCUCAUCAUCAGGAGGGCGAGUUCGUCAUCGGCGUAGAGAAGGGAGCUCGUGCGAAAGCAGACGGAGCGUUUCAGCACCUUGGACAGCGAACAUGGCUCCAAUGGUGGAGGAAGGAGCUCGGCUGGUGGCGGUGCCAGUAGGUGUCGCGGUGGUGAGCGUCUUCGGGCUCGUCUUCACUGUGUCGGCUUUUGCAUGGAUCUGUUGCCAGCGUAAAAACGCCAAGUCCCAGAAGACACCUCCCUACAAGUUUGUGCACAUGCUCAAAGGGGUCGACAUCUACCCGGAAAGUCUCAGCAACAAGAAGAAAUUUGCUGCACAUGCCACCAUGACAACGAGCGACACCGGCAAAACCGAUGUUAACGGAAACUGCCACACCGUGGCACCGAUGAGUCCGACCAGCAACGGUAAACUGGCCUCAAGUCCAAACGGUUCCAGACAAGCUCUUCAUCUGGAUCUGGAGAAACGGGAUCUGAAUGGCAACUUUACCACCAAACCAUUUCAUCACCACAGCCAGAAGGUGCGCAGCUCCCCGGACUUGGAGCUGCCCUCUCCCCAUGCAGGGUUCACACAACCUGGGGCGAUGGACCGCCGUGAUCUGCCUUCCCCAUGCAGCACCCUCUCCAGCCAGGCGCCCACACCGGCUGUGGAAAAGCCCCAGGUAGAGGACAGGGAAGGCGGAUUGGGGACCCUCCACUUUUCCCUGGAAUACCAGCCAGAGAAGAAGGCAUUCAUCGUCCAUAUCAAGGAAGCCCACGGUCUGACUCCGACUGAUGAGCAGUCGCUGACCUCUGACCCUUACAUCAAGCUGACCCUGCUGCCGGAGAAAAAGCACCGGGUGAAGACUAGAGUCCUGAGGAAGACUCUUGACCCCGCCUUUGAAGAGACCUUCAGCUUCUACGGCAUCCCGCUGGCCCGAGUGUCAGAGUUGGCUCUUCACUUCAUGGUGCUGAGCUUUGAUAGGUUCUCCCGUGAUGAGGUCAUCGGAGAGACCCUUGUACCCUUGUCUGGGAUAGACUUAUCGGAGGGGCGUGUCCUGAUGAGCAGAGAGAUCAUUAAGAAAAAUGUCAAGAAGUCCUCGUGCCGCGGCGAGCUGCUGCUGUCCCUGUGUUACCAGUCCACCACCAACACGCUGACCGUGGUCGUCCUCAAAGCUCGCCACCUGCCCAAGACUGAAAACAACGGACCUACAGAUCCGUACGUUAAGGUGAACAUGUACCAAGGGAAGAAGCGUGUGUGUAAGAAGAAGACCCACGUGAAGAAGUGCUCCCCCAACCCCGUCUUCAACGAGCUCUUUGUCUUUGAUCUGCCCUCUGACGAGGGUCUGAGAGACACCAGCGUGGAGCUGCUGCUGAUGGACUCAGACACGGGCAACUCACGCUGCCCCAACACCGUCCUUGGGCGCCUGGUGCUGGGAACGUCGGUGGCGGGAACGCCUGGCGAGCACUGGAGGGAGAUCUGUGACCACCCGCGUCGCCAGAUUGCCAAGUGGCACGGCUUGUCAGAGGAUUAGAACACCGCGGUGCCAGUGGAUUCUGCCCCGCGUGGUCCAACAGCGAGAGAGAUGAAAUGAGGAUGGAGGGGAUUUAACUUCCCGCUUGCCAGCACCCAUUGGACUAGUGAAGGCGAAGGGGGGAACAAGUUUCUGGGGGGGGGGGGCUUUCGUGUUGUGGGUGGGGGUCAUUUCAAUCAAUCAUUCAAUCAAUCCUUCAUUCACUCAUCUUUGAAGUUAUCGGGGUUCAGCAGGCGAGGGCCGGAGCAUGACAAAGAGAAUCCUGUAGCUUUAAACGAUCCCAAAGACUGUCGCCGAAAAUCACCUGGUAACAUGCAACGUCAUCUCCAUGGCAACAACCAAGUGUCACUGUAACCGUGUGCAGUGCAGAAUGUCUUAAAUGUCGCUAUUGCUCCUCCUCUUUUCUCCCUCUGCUCCUUCUUUUUCUCUUUCUCCGGCUCUUCCUCCUAUAAAUAGUAACCUAGACCAUCUUAUGAAAACCAGAAUGAACCACAUCUGACAAUGCUGUAAAAAAUGUUGCAUUACAUUACAUUUUAUGUCCUCCUCAUGAAGAUAGAUUGUUUUAAUAUGUGUUCUUGUUUUGUACUCUUAUGGUUAUGUUUUGUAAGUACUGGUGGUAUUUCAUAUAUGAUUACUUAUUAAGUACAAAAAAGCCUAAAUUAGGUGGUCCGAGAAAAGACAGACUGAGUGCACUGGGGACAGUUAACUGUGGAUGCAUUUAUUUAUGUGAGAGUGCUGGUACUGAAGCGACUAUAUAUGUGUGUUUGUGUGUGUGUGUGUGUGAGCGUGUGUGUGAGCCACAUGUUUUCUGUAGGUGUUUUGUCCCCCCUUUCUGUGAGCACAAAGACAGCUGAAAUGUAAAUGUAUGUACCUUACUAUAAAAUAUGGCAAGUUCUAAGAAAAAAAA